AAUCCAUCGAUCUCACCAAGUCUCGAUAAGCACACACGUGUGACGUAACGGAUAGCUGUCCGCUUUUUGGGACAAAAAAAUGGCUGGCACCUUGGCUGAAGAUGAAAUUGGACGAAAAUGGGACCGAUGUUUCGCGGACGCAGUCAUCAAAUUUGGCGGCGGUAUUGUCAUCGGUUCUGUUGUCUCCCUGCUGUUUUUUAGGAAGAGGUGGCCCAUUAUAACAGGGGCUGGCUUCGGCCUAGGUAUGGCCUACUCAAACUGUGAAAACGACAUAAACUCGUCAGUAAGCCAAUACAAACCGAAAGGACGAAAGUGUGACGACGCCACAUGAGACAAUUAUCCUUAUUUUUUAAAUAAAACAAUUCAAAAUCAUGAUGUUCAGGCAGCAGGCUAUAGAAAAUUAAUUAAUUCAAUCGUGAAAGCUCUGCCAGUCUAGUUAAAUUUGUAACAAUUAUAAAUAUCAUAAGAUCAUUGCUGUGAGAAUAAAAAUCCAUACAGUGUA